AUGAGCGUGUGGGGCAUCUACACCCAUAAAUACCAGACCAAUGAUAUUGAUGUGCUAUGCCCGCCCCCCAACAUCAACCCAUCCUGGGUCAGAGAGGGGGUUCUGCUGGUGAAGUGGGGUCUCCCGUCCAGCCGGUUACGCAGCAAAACCAGCUGUUUCCACUACCAGCUACAGAUCAAUGACCAGGUGAGGGAAUUUAAGGGUGGACUGACAUACAAUGAGACCAACGCAGACCCCACACAUUCACACGAUGUGAAGAUGAGGGUGAAGAAGAGUAAUAGCUGCAGAGGAUCUCAACACUGGAGCAGCUGGAGCAACACCACCAAGGUGGCCCCGUUUGAAUCUCCCAAUCAGCUGAACUCUCUGGUGGUCAUUGGCAUCGCUCUGGGAAUACCCAUGGUCCUCCUGUCUCUGCUGCUGCUGAUUCGACUCCAGAGGGAACGUCUGUUUCCCCACAUCCCUGGUCCCCCACUGAAGAUUAAACACCUCUUGGAGAGAGACGACCAGUUUCAGUUUGUCCCUCAGGCCCUGCAGUCCAAAUUUGUUGAGGAGAUCACAGUGGUGGAGGAAGCUAAGGAAACACCUGUGAAUUUGGCCAGUUAAACAAGAUGGCCUGUUUAAAGCCCAAUCAUCAUAAACUGUGUAAGAGCCGAUCUGUAAGGAGGAUCCCCUUAGCAGAUGCAGUCAUUACCAUUUGUUAAUACCUAUCCAAUCCUUUCAAGAGUGGAUGCUACUUAUUGACAUGCAUUGUUCUUACAUGCUUAAUAGUGUCUACUCAAUGAAUUGUUCUAAUGUGCUCAGCUUCCACCAGUGUUGUAGUACUCGAGACCAAGACCAGUCCAGUCUCGAGACCACAUAUUGGUCUUGUCUUGGUGUCAGCUACAUUCGUACUCGGUCUUGACUCGGUCUCGGACAGUGAGGACUCGUAAUUUCUUCCCUAGACCAGCGGAGUAAAAAAACUCAAACAUAUACACUCCUUUCUUGAAACAUUAUCUUACAACCUUUAUCUUUUAUAGACAUGUUUACGUAGUGGUGAACCUAUAGGACUUCAGUGUGUGACAGGUUCGUGAUUCUGAAAGGACAGCAACCGUAAUACCAGAGACUCAUGUAGGAGGGUGCACUUUUAGUAAAACACAAAGGGACAGUGGUGUAGUGGAGUAUACGCAGGUAUAAACCGUAUACUCAUUUUUUUCAGUGGGCAUUGCCUAUACUCACUUAAUCCCUAUUGAUGCGUAUAAAAGUAGUGUAGUGGAGGCAGUGGCGACCCGUCAUUAAGGGCAGUUUUUGAGUCCCACCUGUUUAGCAGGGGUGUGCCUGUUUUGCAUGUUAUUUUGUCAUUAAUAUGUGUCACAUAUCAGUUUGAAAAAAAUGAUUGAGUUAAUAAAGCUUCAUACAAACAUG